UCCCGAACAGAAUCCGAUGGGCGGUGGAAACACCUUGAAGACACCGGCAGUUUGCGGACACGGACCAAAGGAUGAGAUGAGUCAGUUCGUUUAAUUUGAAGCGUCAUGACCGAGAGCAAAUCCAGCUGAUCGGAAAUGUCGGCUUAAAAUACCAGAAAGUGCUUCUGAUGGAAACAACGGGUUUGUUUUUGCUGCGAGCGCACGCGCCCUGGACAAACACUUGUCUCCGCCGGGAUUAGGGUUUGUCUUCUUCUCUGAUCAGUUGGAAGCUUCUUAUUUGCGUUGGUGGACGCUCGAUGAGAUGAUGGACAAGUGAUGAUGUGUCAGUGGUGAUUUCCCCCGUCAGGCCUCCGCGGGUACGAAGCACGGUGAUCCCCGGCUGUUGUCAACAAACCCAUCCCUCGUCCGCUCUGCCGAUACAUGCUCUUUUCUCUGACCUUCUUCCUGUGGAGGAUCUACCGACACCUGUCCACCAUGUUCAGCUCCGACAGACUCACUGUGCCCGAGUACGUCAGCCGGCUCCAGAGAGGCAGGAGCGGCUCCGCGGCCGACAACAGACCGGUCUCUCCGGGGAUCCGCGCGGACGCGCAGACCGUCUUGGACACGUCACUGCCCGCCCUGCGCUCCUCCAUCCACACGCUGAAAACCGCCAAAGAGACCUCGGAUGCGGACGACACGCGCCGAGCCAUCGCGGAGAUCUACCAGCUGGUGGAAGAGGCCUGGGUGUUGCCGGGCGUCGGGCGGCAGGUGGCCGAGGAGAUGUGCAAGAAGAUCCGGCUGGAAGGAGGCCUGGAGCUGCUGCUCCAGCUCCAGCAGACCCCGGCGGUGGAGAUCACCUAUGAGUCGGCCAAACUGCUGGAGCAGAUCCUGGUCUCAGAGAACAGGGACUUCAUCGCACGCAUGGGUCUGGGGGUCAUCCUCAACUUGACCCGCCACCAGGAAGACGCCCAGCUGGCGCGCAGCGUCUCGGGCAUCCUGGAGCACAUGUUCAAACACACGGAGGAGACCUCGGUCCAUCUCAUCAAAAACGGAGCCUUGGACGCCCUGCUCUUCUGGUGCCGGGGCACCGACCCCACCGUGCUGCGUCACUGCGCCGUGGCCCUGGCUAACUGUGCCAUGUACGGGGGGCACCGGUGCCAGCGCUGGAUGAUCGAGAAGCAAGCCGCCGAGUGGCUCUUCCCACUGGCCUUCUCCAAAGAGGACGAGCUCAUCCGCUUCCACGCCUGUCUGGCCGUCACCGUGCUGGCCGCCAACCGGGAAAUUGAGAAGGAGGUGGUGAAGUCCGGAACCUUGGAGCUGGUGGAGCCCUUCAUUGCGUCUCUGGAUCCGGACGACUUUGCCAGAACUUUGCUGGACAGGACCGACAGCAUGCAGGGGAGGACGGCGUCGGACCUGCAGCACUUCCUGCCUCUGCUGGAUGGCUCCCGGCUGGAAGGUCAGUGCAUCGCUGCCUUCUACCUCUGUGUGGAAACCAGCAUCAAGUCUCGCCAGCGCAACACCAAGAUCUUCCACGAGAUCGGAGCGGUCCAGAGCCUGAAGAGGAUCGCCAUGUACAGCACCAAUGGCACGGUCUGCUCCCUUGCCAAGCGGGCUCUGAAGAUGAUGGGGGAGGAGGUGCCUCGGCGGAUCUUGUCCAGCGUGCCCAACUGGAAAACCUGCGACGUGCAGCGGUGGCUGCAGCAGGUCGGCUUCACCGUCUUCUGCGAUCGAUUCCAGGAGCUUCAAGUGGACGGAGAUCUGCUGCUGAACAUCACAGAGCAGGACUUGAGCUCAGAUGUGGGCAUGAGUGCGGGACUCUCACGCAAGAGGUUCCUGAGGGAUCUCCGUGUGUUGAAAACCUAUGCAAACUACUCCACCUGUGACCCGAACAACAUGGCCGACUGGUUGGCCGCGGUGGACCCUCGCUUUCGCCAGUACACGUACGGCCUGGUCCAGUCUGGGGUGGAUCGCAACAACAUCCAGUGUCUGACGGACCAGCAGCUGGAGCAGGACUGCCACGUCCUCAACGGAGUCCACCGGGCGAAGAUCCUGAGCGCCAGUCGCAGGCCCAGCAAACCCUGUGACAGGGACGCUCAGCCGGCCGGUCCCGACGUCUUCAUCAGCUACCGUCGCACCACUGGGUCACAGCUGGCCAGCUUGCUGAAGGUCCACCUGCAGGUGCGAGGAUUCAGUGUCUUCAUCGACGUGGAGAAGCUGGAGGCGGGGAAGUUCGAGGACAAGCUGAUUCAGAGCGUCCAGCGGGCGCGCAACUUCAUCCUGGUCCUCUCCGCCAGCGCACUGGACAAGUGUAUGGGGGACACGGCCAUGAAGGACUGGGUGCACAAGGAGAUCGUGACGGCCCUGGCUGGCAAGAAGAACAUCGUUCCCGUCACCGAUAACUUCACCUGGCCUGACCCCAAAUCUCUGCCUGAGGACAUGAGGUCCAUUCUUAACUUCAACGGCAUCAAGUGGUCCCAUGAGUACCAGGAGGCCUCCAUAGAGAAGAUCCUGCGCUUCCUCAAAGUCAACCAGGACUUGCUUGACGCUCCAAACAGUGCAGAGGGACAGAAGAAGAACAAGAAGGACGAUGAAAGUGUUAGGGAAAUGAAAUAAGUGCUGGUGUAGUGAGUUCUCCACGUUGCAUCCUGCAAACUAUUUUCCUGAUUGUAGAUAACAAACCGGCCUUUACUGCAGUGUGUGUGUGUGUGUGCGUGAGUGUGUCCGCAGAUUCCUUCGACUCAGGAAAACACAUGAAGCCGCAGCAUUAAUGAAUCACACUUUGGCUAACCAACAGGUGCUUUGAUCCUAAUCUAAACACGCAGGUUAGAAUUUGUUUGCCGUAUCACAUGACCCAUCGCUCUACCUCCUGAGCUCUGCCUUGCUCCACUCUGAUGAGUGACGGAAGCAUCCAAACACUUUCAGACGGAUGAGUUUCAGCGCAUUUGUCUUUGGUCUCAACUGUUCACAAAUGAAAUGAUGUGCUGCAAAACAGAGACUUGAUUGAAACAGUAUGAUAUUCAGCGACAAUAUGGAAGCGAAUGGAAACGCUGGUAAACGUAUAAAUGCAGUGCUCAACCUUAUUAAACCUUGUAAACAGCAGUUACCCUCUCAGUGUCACUCUGCCCUGCAGAUCAUUCCCUCACAUGAAGGAGUUUGAGCAGAGAAACGUAGCAAUACACCAUGUAAGUGAGGAGGCACUGAUGAUCAUAAUAAUAAUGAUAAUAAUAAUAAUAAUAAUACGAGCAGGCGUCUGCAUGUGUCCCUAAUAAAGUGCAAUGCAUCAUUGAGGCACGCUGGGAGUCAGAGAACACUUGACAUUUAUUUCUCUGCCGCCCUUAGUUGUGAUGUCAUGUUAUUCUCGUGUUCAGUUACCAACCCAUGGUUGUUUACACUGUGAAAGCUGCCUUGUUUCAUUCCUGGUGUCUGAAAUGUACAUUAAAAGGCU